GUCUGUCAGCUGGAGAGCCGUGUGUGUUUGUGUGUGUCUGUUGGUGUGUAGACGUUUUUCUGUUGAUGAACGACGGACUGAAAUCGGAUAGUCGUACCAUUUUCUCACCCGGACUUCUCUUUUUUGUUGUUGUUGUUUACUCUUCAGGACUGUGGGGCUCUGCUGGACUUUUUGUACCCGAUCACAGCUGGACUCGGUUAUCAGACAGGAGGCGCAGCGGUCGUGAAAAGGACCGUCAAAGGCUGCCGUGUUGCCGUCUGACUUACCAGACCUUCAUUUUGGAGCUAACAAGUGGUCCAGACCUGCACACUAACCCAGACCAGCUGACAGAGGUGGUCUAGCCAGUCCUGAUGUGGAAUUUCACCCCCACUAACCCCGUCCCAGGAGUAACCUUUCACUGAGCCGGGACUAGAAUAAAGAAGGAUAAAAGAUUAAGAGAGGGGAGACGGAAGAAAGGAGGACCAAGGGGAGUGCAGCAGAUCAGCAAACGCCCCUCCAGCAUGCCGGUGGAGACGCUGCGUCCCUCAGAUGGCCGACUGGCCGGGGUCCCCUUCACCUCCGCCAUGCCCUUCAGGAUACUCAACAAGGGCCCGGGCUAUUUCCGCCCUUCGGUUGAGCAGGGGACCCGCAAACUGAGCGCCGUGGAGCGUCUGGAGGCCGACAAGGCCAAGUAUGUGAAGAGCCAGCAGGUGGCCCUCACUCGUCAGGCGCCCAUCCAACCCCCCAUCCGCAAACCCCUUCUUCCUCCAGCGAUGAUGGCUCAUAGCCACAUCAACACUCCUCUGGCUCGAAAGGUUCCCCGCUGCCCAGCCGAUACGGAGAGCGGUGGAGGCAGGGAGAAAAGACCCGCUUUCAGUUUGGAUAUUCUGAAUAAUCUAAUUGGUGACGUUUGUGACGGGACGCAGUCGUCUUUGUCCACCUCUCCCUCCUCAUCCUCCCCUUCGUCGGGAGUUAAGAGCAUCUGCAGCAGCCUUUCUGCAGAACAGGACAAGAGCAAGAGACUCCUCAACAACCUUAAACCGCAGUCUUCAGCCACCACCUCUCCUCUCAGUAAGAACACCCGCCCUCCUGUCACAGAACUCGCCCAUCGUCCGCCCCCCGUCCCGGCGCGGGCGCCUCGUGGGGUUCCAGCAAGCUACAGCUCUCCUAACUCGGUGACGGUGCGCAGGGUGGAUGUUCGGCCUCACGCUGAGAUAAAGAAGCCACAGAGGGCUCAGCUGCGGCCCCCACUCAGGCCCAGACAGACGGCCCAGGGUCAGGUCCCACACCCUCAGGUCCCACCACCCCCUCCCCCACAGAAACAGCCACACCUUCCUUACAAGGUCAACACUUCAUCCCAAACCCAGCCCCCUCCUGCCUACCUGCCUGCCAGUCCUCUGCUGGUCCGAGCACGAGCGAUCCCCCCGGCCUCGCCCGCCUUCACCCGCAUAUCCAACACCAGCUCCAAGGCUUCGUCCCGGAAGCACCCGACCCUGCACCGCUCCAAGUCGGACCUGAGCGACCGCUACUCCCGCGCCACCGCCGACCUGGAGCGCUUCUUCAACUACUGCGGUUUGGACCCGGGGGAGGUGGAGGGCAUGGGCGGGGUGGAGCGCUUCACCAGGGCCAACUCGGACAUCGUGUCCGUCUCCAAGCUCCGCAGCGUCAGCACGUCGAGCUCCGAGUGCGGGGACGACGCCGAGCGGAGGAGGGAGUGCGGAGGGGACGAGGACGACGGGCCCCUGGGGGCCAACGAUCGAGUCCCUUACGGAAUCUCCAUCAUCGAGAGGAACGCUCGAGUCAUCAAAUGGCUCUACGGCAUCCGCCAGGCGAGGGACGCCAACGGUGCCGUUUCUAACGUAUGAGAGGACGUCGCCUGUUCAUGUUUCGCUGCCUUACGUCACAGUUUUACAUCCGUCGUCUGUGAAGACGAGUCUGUCGUGGAAGUUACGACUUGUUGGACAAUUUACUGCCCUGUUCCGUCAAUCGAUCCUGUACAGCAGCAAUACCGGUAUGCAAAAGCAAUAAGUGGUGUGAAUGAUGAAGAUGAUUGUGAGCUGUGUUGAAGUAAAAGGUACGUGUGUGCGUGCGUGUGUGUUCAUACCAGCAAACUCAGCAGACUGAAGCUCAGCUACCAACUGCCAACAUGUUGCACAGAGACCGAUGAGCAGACCAGGAAGAGAACCACGUUGAUACUGUGAAACCCAAGACGAAAAACAAAAAGCUUCCAUAAACACAUUAUUUUUUUACAGUAAACAAAAAAAAACUACUUUGGCUGUAAGACUGUUAUUGUGUGUCAGCAUGCAAGUUUGUAUUAACGACAUUUCAGCACAGAUUCAGGUCAGUCAGGUAAAGCUCGCUGCGUCUGAUCGUGACGUUUAGUUUCCUGAAACUCGUGCCGCGCUGGUGCGGCCGGAGAAAUCGGUUUUACUGCGUACGUCUUGGCACGAAUGGAAGAACGAGUUGUGUGAUGAAGGAUGAUCUCACAUUGAAGCAGAUGGUUGAAGCAAGUGGAGUGAUCGAUAUUUACCCACAAGAGUUAACUGAAGCCUGAUCAGAGCACAUGUGGUGAAUCUGGUGUGUGAAUAUGUCUGUGGCUCCGGAAGUGUCUCAGGAAGACGGCACACAGUGGAAAAAUGGACCAAUAUUUAUUUGGAAAAUGUAACUUAAUGUAUUUUUAGUAAAGGAUUACUUUGUGUAGAAAUAUUAGUCUUUGCUCUGAAGUGCAAUCUGAUUAUUUACUGUAAUUCCAACGUACAGUUUGUAGGAAGACGUCAAAACGUGCAGAGACAUUCCUGCUGCUGUGGGGACCGUUGUGCAUUUAUAACUUCCUGUUACAGUGGGAACAAGACACGACUCCCCCCAUCCACCUCUGCAUCUAGUUUUAUUUAAUUCUUCAGGGUUCUUCUUGUUUUUUAUAUUUUGUUUUCUUCUUUAUACAAAGAGCAGCAGCGUACGGCGGCAAUCAGACCAGAAAGCUGGAGAACGCCACAGCAGUGACUGAACCAAGUGUGCUUUUUAAUCAGGCACUGGAUGCCCAAAGAGUCCUCAGAUAAGAAGAGAUUUACGAUGAUUUACCGCGUUGUAUCCUGAAACGUCAAUAAAAAAUGUUUGCACAUG